GGCUGUUUAACUCGGAAGCUGCAGCAAGAGACGAGCAUGAAGAAGCAAGAUGACCGACAGUUACCUCAGCCGAACGUCCUAGCAGUUGUUACAUUGUUCAACUAUCCACUUCGACGCAAGGGGUAUCAUUAUUUUCUGUAGCAAUAGAUCUUUACCAAAUAGCCUGACAUCGGUCCUUUUGAAGAAACAUUGCGGAAGAAAGCGGAUUAAUUGUCUGAAACUGUCCGCUAGUGCUUUCCCUGCGCAAAAAAAAAAAUGGAUAACGUUAGUGGCAAAGCAUCGGAUCAGAAAAGAACAGGCGUUUGCCAAGAGAAUGGUGUGACAAAUGGAUUCCAUCCUACACAAACUGGCAACGGGAGCUGCAAUGCCUUAGGUUCAAACGGAACCAGUAGUAGUGAAGGCUGUAGUAGUAGUAGUAGUAGUAGUAGUAGUAGUAGUAGUAGUAGUAGUAGUAGUGGUAGCCAUAAUGGAAUUGAACAUUUCCGCGAUCUUCAGGUCCAGGAGGACGUCCAUAAUAAUGGGUCGCCUCUAAAGCGGUGCAGACUCAGGAGAAGAAUGGAUUCUGGCAAAAAGAGCAGACCGCCCUUCCCCUGGUUUGGGAUGGACAUCGGCGGCACCCUGGUGAAGUUGGUCUACUUCGAGCCCAAGGACAUCACGGCGGAGGAGGAGCAGGAGGAGGUGGAGAGCCUGAAGAGCAUCCGCCACUUCCUGACCUCCAACGUGGCCUACGGCAACACGGGCAUCCGCGACGUCCACCUGGAGCUGAAGAACCUGACCAUGUGCGGCCGGAAGGGCAACCUGCACUUCAUCCGCUUCCCCACCCAGGACAUGCUGGGCUUCAUCCAGAUGGGCCGAGAUAAGAACUUCUCCAGCCUGCACACCACACUCUGCGCCACCGGCGGAGGGGCCUACAAGUUUGAGGAGGACUUUAGGACGAUCGCCAACCUAGAGCUACAGAAGCUAGACGAACUGGAUUGUCUUAUCCAGGGGCUUCUCUAUGUGGACUCAGUGGGGUUCAAUGGCCAUCCAGAGUGCUACUUUUUCGAGAACCCCUCCGACCCCGAAAGUGAGAACUGUGUCAAGAGAACGUGUUGCCUUGACAACCCCUUCCCCAUGUUGUUGGUAAACAUUGGCUCGGGCGUCAGCAUCCUGGCAGUCUAUUCGAAGGACAACUACAAACGGGUCACAGGCACCAGUUUGGGAGGUGGGACGUUCCUAGGCCUGUGCUGCUUGCUGACUGGCUGCGAGACAUUUGAGGAGGCCCUGGAAAUGGCGGCGAAGGGGGACAGCAGCAACGUGGACAAACUGGUGAAGGACAUCUACGGAGGAGACUAUGAACGCUUCGGGCUCCAGGGGUCUACUGUUGCAUCUAGUUUUGGUCAUAUGAUGAGCAAGGAGAAGCGUGACAGCAUCAGUAAGGAGGACCUAGCCCGAGCCACUCUCGUCACCAUCACCAACAACAUUGGUUCUAUUGCUCGUAUGUGUGCGGUUAAUGAGAAAAUUGAAAGAGUGGUGUUUGUUGGGAAUUUCCUGAGAAUCAAUACUGUGUCAACGAAGCUGCUUGCGUACGCCAUGGACUUUUGGUCCAAAGGACAAUUAAAAGCUCUCUUCUUAGAGCAUGAGGGUUAUUUUGGGGCCGUCGGUGCCUUCCUGGAGCUACUGAGAAUCACAGACGACCUUUAAGACAGACAGACGGACGCAGACGAAACUCUGACCGUAAGACGCUGCUGCUCUACAGUUCCGGAAAAGCCACUGACUGGCCAAAAUGGGGAAAAACCCAUUUGAAUAAUUUAACUGUUUUAAGAGGUUCUACUAAUUAUCCUCCUCCUCCUCGUCUGCUGAUGUUUUAGAAAACUGAUUUUUUAUAUUAUGAAUGCAGGCUGGAGGAGAUGAGGUUGGCAUUUUAUUUGCCACUGAAAAGUAAACCUUCCUGGUACUUGCUGUAUAUAGUGUGCUUAAGCCAAACCCUACUGAUUCCUGAUCAUAUGUGUGUUUUUCUUUGAUUCCUUAUUUGUUCUUUUCUUUUUACAAGAUGUAAGUAGUUAAAAUGAUCUUUAACUUAUGAGCAUUAGCUUUCAACUAUCCUUCACACUUUUUUCCUAAUCAAUCAUCCUAACCCAGUGUUCUGUGAUAUCAUUUGAGAUAUAAUCAAAUGUAUUAUCCUACUGUACAUAUGAAUCGUAAGCAGUUACUCUAUCAACCCAUUCUGUCAACCUGUCAUCUGUGGUUUGGCCAAUUUGUGAAAUAUUGACCAUUAAGCAGUAGCUAAAUUUGACAAAAAAUGUUGCGGGUUGAUUUUGUGUAAUAACACACUGCAAUACCUCAUAGAACAUUUAAUAUAAUGGAUAUUUUUUAUCAGUAGCAGUGGAAUGACCAGUUCCCCAAAUCCUUCCUCUGCAUUCACUUGAAUCCAGUAUUCUGUCUAUCCUUCCCUGUCCCAUGCCUUAUAAUUCCGUCGCUGUUUUAAUGAAACCGUUAACUUUGGGACCAAGCAUUCAGUACUAAAUGAUCCUUAGAAACUUCACAAAGUAGAGAUGUUCCUCAGAAAAGCCGACUCACUGACAUGGACUAGCCUAGCAGGUGCGAUACAAAGUGUCCAUUGUGAGUCAUGAAGUGACUUUUCAAGAGUUCUAUAAAUAGUUAAUUCUACAGUUCUGUUUUCAUUCUCAUCAAAGAGGGGGUCCAUUUCUGCUUGACUUCCUACCUGUAAUAAUCAGUAUGUGUUUUAUGAUUGUAAUUGAAUAUGUUUUGGACGUACUGUAUUGAGUACUCUAGUCGAAAGGAGAUUUGAUUCUCCUACUGUAUCUCUCGGUUAAAUUUCAUGAUGGCAUUUGGUUUCAAGUGAAACUGCAUAGCUGGCCUGUGAACCGCUGUGUGCUGCAUACCCCUUCUGCCUUCCUGCCCUCUUCAGAGGGCCCCGUGACCAACCUCCUCAUCCAAACGAUAAACCCAGGCUGCUUCUGAAAUGGCACCCUAUUCCAUAUAGUGUGAUACUUUGGAACAGAUCACCCUAUUCCCUAUAUAGUGCACUACUUUUGACCAGAGCCCAUGAUUUUGGUCAAAAGGUGCCAUCUUGGACUUAUCCCCAGACUGAUUUAGCUAACUUCAUACAUGUUUAUUUUUAAUCUCAAUGCAACCUGGGGGAGUUUUCAGUUGUACGUUAGGACAGAUUUUCAAAUGUGCUUAAUGGAUUUUACAUUACUGUAUAGAACAUGGCGAAUAAUAAUAAUAAUUAUAAUAAUAAUAAUAUAUGUAACUCUGAACCUGAUUGAACUGGAUUACUGACCUGGGCCUUGCCAUAGAUUCAGCCAUGCUUCAUUGCCGUCAUUAAAACUGUUCUCUAAACUG